AUAGAUAAUUUUCACGUGAUAAAAUUAUAUAACAGAUUAAUAUUUUUACCAUUUGGAAAUUCAAAUGAUAAUAAGUUAAAAAUUAAUCAAUUGUAUCAGUAUUGUUUUAGUCAAUUAUACAGUAAAUGUUAAUUAAACGUUCUAUAUUUGUUACUGCCAUAGACGAAAGUGAAAAAAUACAAUAGUAAUUUAUUGAAAAGUUUUAUACAUACGUUAAAUAUUAAAUUUAACACGGAAUAGGUAUUGAAUUGUUUAUACAGAAACAGUUAUCUCCGAUUAGCUUAGAUUAUCAUUAUCAUAUAUUAUUUAAUAUUAGAUGAUCAUUAUCAUUUCAAAAACGCUCUUGAGAUAAUUUGUUUGUGAAUUUUCAAAGUAGAAGAGAAUAUACAUUUUGUUGUAGGUAAGAAUCAAUGGAAAAAUUAGGUGCGGAAAGAAGAAACAAGCUGAGUCUUCAUAACGUUGACGGAUUCCUUUUUACAGAUAAAUGUUCUGUUAAAAAUUUUCGGCAGGCUCUUUCUUUUAAACCGAGAGCCAAUGACAUUAUAAUUGCGGGAUAUCCAAAAUCUGGCACUACGUGGCUGCAAUAUAUCAUUUGGGAGAUCAUCAGUCGAAAAAAGACUUUUCCAAACGUGAAUGAAAUGAGAUGGAAGGAGGUGCCUCAAUUAGAAAUGGCUGGUACCGAAGAGAUAGAGAAAAUAGAAAGUUCUCGCUUGCUUAAAGUGAAUCUUCCUUUUAAUCUUACUCCAUAUCAUCCAUCUGUAAAAUACAUUUACGUAAUUCGUAAUCCAUGGGAUUGUUGCAUUUCGGGGUUUAACUAUUACAAACAAAUAGACGAAUGCUUUUCAGAUGGUACGUUUGAAGAUUACUUCGGAUACUUUAUAAAAGGCGAGACGACACACGGAGAUUAUUUCGAGCAUUUAUUGUCUUGGUAUAGUCGUUGGAAGGAUCCUAAUGUACUUUUUUUGACCUACGAAGAAAUGAAACGAGACAUUCGUAAUGUGGUUUUAAAGAUAGCAGCAUUCGUAGGGAAUGAAUAUCAACAAGCGUUAAAUAAGGAUAACGAAUUGUUAGAAGAUAUUCUUUGCCGAUUGCAUUUUCGAUAUAUGAAGGAGAACUGUCCGUUCUAUCUCUCCACGGAUUCCGGAACAAAAAUUAAUUUUUUUCAUACAGGCCGCAUAGGUCAAUGGAAAGAAUAUUUUACGGACGAUCAUAAUGCAAUUUUGAAAAACAAAUUUAUUGAAAAAUUAAAGAAUACAGAAAUAAUCCGUAUGUGGCAAAAUUCAGAUAUUCCUUGAUUUAUUUGAUAUUGUUACUCGACUUUUUCCCCCCAAAUAUAUGUAUU